UGUCCCCCUCAGGUCAGCUGGGAGCUUGCUCAUAGCCCACCAAAAAUUAGCCCCGCGCUCGGACUGCCCGAGCCUCGACAUUACGCGCAGCCCUCGAGUAGCUUUGUGGAUCACCGGGCUGCGGUUCAUUAGCUCCGCUUAAUUUGCCAUUUGCAAUCAGACUUCUUCCAAAAUCGCUCCCGAUCGGGCCGAACAACCUAAAGGAACGGGCGCCAGUGGGAAAUGAGCCGUGGAAAGUGAGCAGGGAUCCUCAGCAGCUGAGCUUCAGCAAACCCGCCGUGCGAGCCGAGGGCACGCAGUGGUGUUUGCCCAGGGAGGGUCGGGCUGGGCGCGCUGCAGGGACGCCGAGGGGCUUCAGGGUUGCUCCUGCCACUUUAGAGCUUCAUGCACCAGAGCCCCAUCUCAUCCUCAUCACUGGCUAAAUGAGUAUUAAAAGAUACUAAUUUUUUUAUUUUUGGUGCAGUCAUGAUUAAAUAAAAGCAACUUCAUACUCGAGGGUAGUACGCUUUUAAAAGCAGAUUUUGAAUUCUGCUACUGGACAAUGCAGAAAGCCAGGCUGGGCACCUGGCAUCCUACUUGAGCAUCUGCUGACUGCGUAGCAAUGGGCAGACACGUCAAAACCCAGCAGGCCUGGCAGAGGUUGUGUCAUCGGGUAUGUCUACUUACCACUGCUGUUGCCACAAGGUUCGUGUGGAUUUGGGCCUGGUUCUUCAGCCUGUACUUGGUAGGCAGGACUUUACAUGCAAAGAAAAUGAAAUCUGUGCUGGACAGUGAGCUCAGAAAAGGACUUUAAUUCCAACAGACUGCUCUGUCAAUUCAGAAUGUAUGCUGGGGUAGUAAAAACUGAAAUGUAUCCCUGUCUUCAGAAACACUGUGCAAUGCAAGGCACAUCCUGGAAGCAUUGAAAAUGGCAUGAGAGGCACUAUGCAUGCGUAGUAUGGUGACCUAAGGUGUCUUCAAAGAGCAGUGUCAAGUUGUGCAACACCUGACAUACUUUUGUUGCUUCGCAGGCAAAGUAAUAGUUCUGUCAUUCGAUCAAAUUCCCCAACAACAACAUCUCAGAUCAUGGCCAGAAAGAAAAGAAGAGGGAUUAUAGAGAAAAGGCGCCGUGAUCGUAUAAAUAACAGUUUAUCAGAGCUGAGGCGGCUUGUGCCAACUGCUUUUGAAAAACAAGGAUCUGCCAAAUUAGAAAAAGCGGAAAUACUGCAAAUGACAGUGGAUCAUCUGAAGAUGCUGCAGGCAACAGGAGGAAAAGGUUAUUUUGACGCUCAUUCCCUGGCCAUGGAUUUCAUGAGCAUCGGCUUCCGAGAGUGCUUGACAGAAGUGGCGAGGUACCUGACAUCGGUGGAAGGUCUCGACACGUCCGACCCCCUGCGCGUUAGACUCGUGUCUCACCUGAGCACCUGUGCCUCUCAGAGGGAAGCUGCUGCCAUGACCUCCUCCAUGGCCCACCACCACCACCCCCUGCACCCUCACCACUGGGCGGCCGCCUUCCACCACCUCCCGGCCGCUCUGCUGCAGCCGAACGGACUGCACGCCUCGGAUGCUGCCCCAUGCAGACUCUCCUCGGACGUGCCCCCGCACGGCUCCGCCCUGCUCACCGCCACCUUCGCCCACGCCGAUGCCGCCCUCAGAGUCCCCUCCGCUGGCAGCAUCGCUCCCUGUGUCCCUCCUCUCUCUACCUCCCUCUUGUCCCUGUCGGCCACCGUUCACGCCGCGGCAGCAGCAGCCACAGCUGCGGCCCAGAGCUUCCCCCUCUCCUUCAGCGGCACCUUCCCCAUGCUCCCGCCCAGCGCGGCCGCCGCCGCCGUGGCUGCGGCGACCGCCAUCACCCCUCCGCUGGCCGUGUCAGCCACCGCCAGCCCUCAGCAGGCUGGCACCGGGGGCGGCACGAAACCCUACCGACCCUGGGGGACUGAAGUUGGAGCCUUUUAAGUCUCCCCCCACACACACCUCUUCCUACCGCAGCUCCCUCCUCUCCCUCUCAGCACACGUGCAUGUGCUCACCCCCAGGAGCCCACACAUCCCCGCACCCACACCCGGCCUCCGGGGCUCGGUGUGGCCUCCCUGCUCAGCCUUCACCCAAAGGGCCUGAGGAGGUGCCGGCCAGCCCAGCCAGGAACGGCGCGAUUAUCCUCACUGCAGGUGUCGGAGAGAACAUGGGGAGACACCUUCUUCUUCUUCCUUUGUCUUGCUGGGGGCACCUUGAACGAGCAGCAGUGGCUUUCAGAACAGUGUGACCAUGCCGGCAUGUAGAGGUUUCCUGCAAAAUACGUAGAAAUACGUAGGCAUUAGAACUAAUAGUUCUCCAGCUAUGCAUCCUUGUUUGGCAGAGGUGAGGGAUUGCAUCUACCAGGUCUCCCCAGGCUAGAAAAGGAGUUCCAGUUUCAUAAGUGCCUGACAUUGAGAAAAUAAUAAAUAAAUAUAUAUGUGUGUGUGUGUGUUCUGCUAAAACAAAUAACAUUGCACAGGUAUGGAAAUGGUUUGGGAGAGAGGUGAAAUUCUGCAUUCAACUUCAGAACUAGGAUACUUUUCCAGGGCACAGCAUGCUCUUGAAGGGGAGAGGUUUUUCUAGCCAAAAGAUUGCCGAGGAAGAAUGUUUAGUUUGACAGGCCUAGUUCUCGCUUCCUUAGUUCACUUUCUUUGUACAGACUUGCCAAAUUGUGACGUCUAGCAUAGCAUUGGUAAAAGCAAUUAUCUUAUCAGUGCUGGGAUUAAUGAACGUUUCAGCAUAGCCUGUGAGCCCUAAGGCACCCAUUUUUAUGGCUUAAACAUGGUGCUAGCUCCUAUCUGCACAAACAGUGAAUUUGUCAUGCACCCAGAAGUAACUGCCUGUUUAAAGUGUGCACACUUGGAUACAGUUGAUUCAUGCCAAUACAAGACACACUCAGUGUUGUAAGAGUUCAACUUAACUUAUUUAGCUGUAUUUGGACAUUUACUUUUAACUGAUUCAGUGCAAGAUCCCUCUUCCUUUCACUAUCAUCUUCUGGGAGAAUGAUCACUCUGGGUAUGAAUGAAGUUAUGGUAGGGACGAUUUUUAAAUUGGCUAUUAACAUGCCAACAUUGUAAUGUGGGUUUGAUUCCAAACCAAAAUGAAUGUAUUAAUGGGAUGUGAGUAAAUUAUUUUGUCAAUACCCAGAUAACUAGUGCUGCAUAAAAUGGUUUGCUUUCAUUUUUUAUUACAGUGACUUAAAAUAACCUAAGUAUUUUAAUACAACCAGUCAAGAACUAGAGAUUUUAUGUAAAAAAAAAAAAAAAAAAAAGAAAAAACACAGCAUGUAUUAUUAUGCACUUGAUUUCUCUGCUGUGUGGAGAAAGCAAUAAGCAUUGAAAAUGUUAAACAUUAUGCAAAAUAUACUUUAAAAUAUUUGUUUUAAAAAUACUGUACCUAGUCGGUCUUUUAUGCAUUACCUUGUUAACCUUUUUUCUAUGCAAAAGUCUUUACAUAUCACUAAUUAAAUGAAGUCCUUUUUGACUGCG